GUACAAAUUAACCGAGGUAUCCGAAGAUAGAGGUUCGUCUGGGGAGCGACUUUGGGGCCAUUCAGUCAGGUUUGCCAAGUGACGUCAAUUCGAUUCUCCAUGUUUGCCCGACGACUGAUCAACCCCGCGGCCGUCCGCGCCGCCCAGCGCUCCAUGUCCACGAAGGCGUCCUCCAUUAACGGCAAGGGACCCUUCAACGUCUUGUACAACACGAUCAUGCGCAACAACGUCACGUACGUGUCGGCCGUGAUCGCGGGGACCCUCGUCUUUGAAGUGGUCUACGGCAACGUGACCAGCAGCAUUUGGGAAUCCCUCAACUACGGUCGCUUGUACCACCACAUCGACUGGUCCCAAUUCAAGUCGGACGACGACGAAGAAGAAGAAGAAUAAAUGCUGCCGCCCAUACUAGAUGCCGACACAGAUCUCCUUCCCCUGUCGACGAGGCGGUUGUUCGUCGUCGUGCUAUAGCAGCAGCAGCAACCGUCCGUCGGCCGGAUAACGUGUCAACAUCGAGGUUGUGUCCAUA